AUGAACCCACGAGAGUUUGAUCCAGAUGCACUCUUCUCGUCUGCAUUUGGUGUUCCAGGACGGGAUGCUACCUACGACUAUGUCGUUGUUGGUGGGGGUAAUGCCGGUCUGACUCUCGCAAGUCGUCUUGUCGAACAAGGAGUCGGUAGUGUUGCUGUGGUCGAAGCUGGGACUUUCUAUGAACUCAGUACUGGAAAUAUCACCGAUGUACCGGCAACUGCAGCAGCAUGGGCAGGCAAGUCAGUUGACGACUGGCAGCCUUUGGCCGACUGGGGUUAUGUAACCACACCACAGCUGGGAGCCAACAAUGCAUCACUCCAUUACCCCCGAGGCAAAAUGCUUGGUGGAUGUAGCGCACGGAAUUUCAUGAUUUACCAGCGAGCGAGCAUAGGAUCAUAUCAAAGAUGGGCAGACGCUGUUGGCGAUAACAGCUAUACAUGGGAUAACUUCUUGCCUUAUUUCGAGAAGAGCACAGCGUAUAGCCCUCCCAACAACAACCUAAGACUUCAAAAUGCGACCCCAGAGUAUGACUCGUCGGUAUCAGGCAUGGAUGGACCGGUUUCUAUUACGUUUCCUAACUGGGCGUACGCCUUUUCCACAUGGGCUUUAAAAGGCCUCGCUGCUAUUGGGGUCCCUCUUCGAAAACAAGGAUUCAACAGCGGCGGUUUGCUUGGAUCUGCAUUCACCACCUUCACUAUAGAUGCUAAGAAGCAGACUCGAGCAUCUUCUGAGACGGCUUAUCUGAGGAAAACCCUUGGAAACCCUAAUUAUUUUGUGUACCCGCUUACGCUGGCAGAAAGAAUCAUUUUCGACGAGUCGAAGACGGCAAGAGGCAUUAUUGUUAGUACGGAAGGCGAUAGCUAUACCCUCUCCGCUCGCAAGGAGGUGAUCUUGUCAGCAGGUGUGGUUGGAUCGCCGCAGUUGCUCCAAGUCUCCGGUGUGGGACCAGCUGAAUUGUUGGAAUCUGUUGGUGUUCCGGUUAUCAGUGACAGGCCUGGUGUCGGAAAAAACAUCGAAGAUCACAUCUUCUUCGGCGUUUCGCAUGCCGUAAACGUGGUCACGGCCUCGUCGCUAGGUAAUCCCGCUGUUCUCUCCCAACAAGAAAUACUUUUCGACACCAAAGCGGAAGGAAUGCUCACAAGCCCCGGGGCCGAUGUUCUCGCGUGGGAAAAGCUUCCUAACAGCACUCGUUCAAGCUUGAGCAGUUCCACAUUGGAGACUCUCGCUACAUACCCAGAUGACUGGCCCGAGGUCGAGUUCGUUACUUUUUCGUCUUAUUCUGGUGACGCCAAUGUCCUUACCACAGGCGAUCCCAAUGACGGGAAUCAGUAUGCCACACUUGCGGUAGCACUGAUAACCCCGCGAUCCAAGGGAUCUGUCAUGAUCACUUCGAAUGACACGAGCAUCGCACCAGCCAUCAACCCUAUGUACCUGACCGAUCGCGCCGAUAUAGAAGUAUCGAUCGGCGGCUUCAAAAGGGCAAGGGAAUUUUGGAAAUCUCAGGCUAUGCAAGACAUUGUUAUUGGAGAAGAGGCAUUCCCUGGCCCCGAUAUUCAGACGGACAGCGAGAUUGAAGCCGCCAUUAGGAAGAAUUUCCAAACUGUAUAUCAUGGGGCAUGCUCCUGUGCCAUGGGCAGGGCCGAUGAUACAAAUGCCGUAGUAGACUCGAAGGCCCGUGUCUACGGCGUUCAGGGGCUGAGAGUUGUUGACGCUUCUGCGUUUCCCUUGCUAGUGCCUGGACAUCCACAGUCGACCGUGUAUGCCCUGGCUGAAAAGAUCGCCUGUGAUAUUUCUGGCAAGUGUUAG